AACCAGCUCAGCUGAAACACAGCAAAGCGGUUGUUGAGGCAGAAACAUGGCCGGUUUGAGUAAACAUAUGACGGCCAAAAACUCCUGCUUGGCUGGCGGAGUGUUGUUGGCCGUUUACCUGUUGAAGCGCAGAAACCGGAGGUCCAAACAGAACAGUACAAAAGGAGCUUCUCAGCUUGUGCUGAACACAGAAAAAGAUGGAAAAAAAGACAAGGCAGCAGUGGAUAAGGUUUUCUUCCUCCGAAUCCUUCGGAUUCUGCGGAUCAUGGUGCCACGAGUUUUUUGCAUGGAGACUGCCUAUCUGGUUCUUAUCGCCGCCAUGUUAGUGGCCAGGACCUACUGUGAUGUAUGGAUGAUCCAGAAUGGCACCAUGAUUGAAAGUGCAAUCAUCGGACGUUCAACAAAAGAUUUCAAGAUCUUCUUAUUCAGCUUUGUCAAAUUCAUGCCAGUUAUUGCUUUGGUGAACAACUUUCUAAAGUUGGGCCUAAACGAGUUAAAGCUGAGGUUUCGUGAGCGGCUCACAAAGAAACUGUAUGACCAGUACCUUCAAGGUUACACUUAUUACAAAAUGGGAAACCUGGACAACCGGAUAGCUAAUGCAGACCAGUUACUGACACAGGAUGUGGAGAAGUUCUGCAACAGUGUGGUGGAUCUGUACUCCAACCUCAGCAAGCCUCUGUUGGAUAUCGGUCUGUACAUCUUCAAGCUGACAAGUGCCAUUGGUGCUCAGGGUCCAGCCAUCAUGAUGUCCUACCUGCUGAUCUCAGGACUGUUUCUGACCAGACUCAGGAGGCCCAUAGGCAAGAUGACUGUGUCUGAGCAGCGCUACGAAGGAGAGUAUCGUUAUGUCAACUCUCGCCUUAUCACCAACAGUGAGGAGAUUGCCUUUUACAAUGGGAACUUGAGAGAAAAGCAGACCAUUCACUCCACGUUUAAGAAAUUGGUUGACCACUUACAUAACUUCAUCUUCUUCCGCUUCUCCAUGGGCUUUGUGGACAGCAUUAUUGCAAAGUAUGUGGCCACUGUGGUGGGAUACCUGGUGGUUAGCCGGCCAUUUCUCAAUCAGUCUGACCCUCGGCACCUUCACAGCACACACUCUGAGCUGCUCGAGGACUAUUAUCAGAGUGGCAGAAUGCUCCUGAGGAUGUCCCAGGCUCUGGGCAGGAUCGUACUGGCUGGAAGAGAGAUGACCCGUCUCUCUGGAUUCACAGCUCGAAUUACCGAACUGAUGUUGGUUCUGAAGGAACUGAAUGCUGGUCGAUAUGAGCGGACCAUGGUUUCCCAACAGGAGAAGGAAACAGACACUGCAGAGAAAAACAUCCUGGUACCUGGAAGUGGUCAAAUUAUUAACAGAGAUAACAUCAUCAAAUUUGAUCAUACUCCACUAGCAACACCCAAUGGAGACAUUCUGAUCCAAGACCUCACAUUUGAGGUGAGGUCCGGCACCAAUGUUCUUGUGUGCGGACCAAAUGGAUGUGGAAAGAGCUCGUUGUUCAGAGUGCUUGGUGAGCUGUGGCCUUUGUUUGGUGGAAACUUGACAAAACCAGAACGAGGGAAGCUUUUCUACGUUCCACAGAGACCCUACAUGACUCUGGGCUCUCUAAGGGAUCAGGUCAUCUACCCCGACACUGUAGAAGAACAGAGGAGGAAAGGCAUCUCUGACCAGGUGUUGAAGGAGUACCUGGACAACGUUCAGCUCGGUCACAUCCUGGACAGGGAGGGCAGCUGGGACUCGGUCCAGGACUGGAUGGAUGUUCUCAGCGGAGGGGAGAAGCAGAGGAUGGCUAUGGCCAGACUGUUCUAUCAUAAGCCUCAGUUUGCCAUUCUGGAUGAGUGUACCAGCGCUGUGAGUGUUGAUGUGGAGGACUACAUCUACAGCCACUGCAGGACGGUGGGCAUUACCUUAUUCACAGUGUCCCACAGGAAGUCCCUGUGGAAGCACCACGAGUACUAUCUCCACAUGGACGGCAGAGGGAACUACGAGUUCAAGCCRAUCACAGAAGAGACUGUAGAGUUCGGCUCCUAAGCAGCCGAUCAGAGCCACGCAUGCACUGUUCUGUUCAAAACCAUCCCGUCAUUUUUUUGCACUCAAGAAGUUAGAACUAAACCUCGAUUAAUAAUGAUUUUUAUCGUUUAUAACUUAGCCUUUUCUCUUUGUUAUUUAACUUUAUUUCUGUAUAAUCACAAUAAUUUUUAUUAUUAUAUUUUGGGUUGAGAUCAUUUGAAAAUUAAACGGUUGUGUGUCACAUAUUAGGUGUUUGAGUAAAGGUGGGGGUGUUUGCACAGGUUUUGGACCGGAGGGUCAACCUACAGUGGUGUGUUGGGUCCAUUUKUCCAACUGGAAACAGUGAAUAUGAAGCCAGACUGACCCUCCUCCAGCUCAGUUGUAAAAUAUGCUAAAAAUUCCCAACAGAAUCUCCUCCACUCCUUUAUGUUGAAAUAUUUUAACAUGAGUUGGAGUUAGUUUCUAUCAUUCCAAAUAAAAUAACAGAAAAUAAUGUGUUAAAAAUGACUUUAAAUUUUGAAUAAAGUGUAAAAAUUCUACUUUUAUUUAGACCAAAUCAUAACAAACACUAGAUGGAGUUUUAAGGAACUAAAGAAAAUGCUUGAAACUAAAUAUAAACACAAUGAGCAAAACUACAAACUAACACAACCACAUUCUGGUGUUUUCUAGAGUUCUCAUCCAGUAAUGAAGCUGAUCUGAAGCACAUUGUGGAAAUGUUAGCGUGUUGAACGCAUGUUAGGCUGGUAACCAACUACUGAGUGACUGAACCAAUAACAUCAAGAUAUUAAACAAAGUAGAUUUAGGCAAACGUCUCAGUGAGCUGUGGCGGUUCAUUCAAUAUUGCGAGAAAAUGGUUAAAAGUGUUUGUGAACAACUGAACAGUGAGCUGUGUAAACACACCCAGUUUUUUAAAUCACAGCCUGUUUGUUGUGCUCGGCUUGUAAAACUCUAUUCAUGGCUGCGCACAUUAUUUUGUGGCCAACAUUCAUUCACAUUGUACCCACCUCUGCUACCCACCCCCCUCCCCUUCUGAUUUCUCUCAGAGGAGAGCCUAUAUUACUUCUCGUAAGACGGUUGGAGACUGUUUUGUAAGAAGUUUGUUGCGUAAAUAUGUUCAGAUUUAUGAGACGAGCCUCUGUGACUCAAACGAGGAAACUGAGAAUCUCAGAGAAAAUUUCGAGACAUUUUGGAGGCUCCCUCUUCACCGGUCCCAGUUCAGUCUGGUCUGGUUUCUGUAAAACUCAUUAACUUUACUCAUUGUGUUACCGCUUUCAUAUCAAGGUGUUYGUUUCAGAUUCACAUCAAAUCUUGAUCUACUGUCUGUAGUUGCAAGAAUUUGACAGUUUAUAUCACAACAUUGUAAUAUUAAAUGGACAUUUAUUUAUUUUUGAGAGGGGGUGGCGGGACAAGUUAGCUCCACAGUCAUUUCACUAAAACCAGCCGUUAACUUAAACACUAACAUUUCCACACUUUAAUAGCCUUAAACAACAAAUACAACAUUUCUUAUCAAACAGACCUGACUCCAAACCUUUAUUAGAAAGGUUUUGGGCUUGUUUGUUUGAAAGUGUAUAAAUCCUCAGACCUGCCAUCUUUACUCAGCUCCUGAACUGUCUCUUUGUUUUUUAUAGUAACUUUGUUUUGGAAAAGGAAACCUGCCUUAACUGUAUUUGGGUUUUUAUAUGAAUAAUAAUGGCAUUAUGAUGAAAUCCGAAUUUAAAAAUAUAUAAAAAUGUUAGAUAAACCAGUUUUCAUUAAAAUCUGUCUUCCUUUGUGAGUCUCUUUA